ACCUGGCUGUACCUGGCUGUACCUGGCUGUAUCUGGCUGUAUCUGACUGUACCUGGUUGUACCUGACUGUAUCUGGCUGUACCUGACUGUAUCUAGCUGUACCUGGCUGUACAUAACUGUACCUGGCUGUAUCUGGCUGUACCUGGCUGUACCUGGCUGUAUUUGGCUGUACCUGGCUGUACCUGACUGUACCUGGCUGUACCUGGCUGUGUGGGGCAGUGGUGGCCUGGCGGUUAAGGCUCAGGGUUACUGAUCAGAAGGUUGAGGGCUCAAGCCCCAGCACUGCCAAGCACUGCCACUGUUGGACCCUUGAGCAAGGCCUUUAAUCCUCUCUGCUCCACGGGCACAGUAUCAUGCGUACCCUGCGCUCUGACCCCAACCUCCUAACAUGCUGGGAUAUGCCAGGAAAAAGAAUUUCACUGUAUGUGUGACCAAUAAAGACUCAUAAUCAAUAUCUGUAUCUCCACAGCAUGGACCAUCAAGGUUGUAUACAGUUCCAUGAUACUCUACAUACAGAAACCCAACAGCUUAUAAUCUUAUAACAAACUUGCAGCUAUAAAAGAAGUAAUUCCGCUCGAAAAUCUCAAUAAGCCAGACUACUGCUAGAAAGGGUUACAAAAAAAACUGAAGCCCAACUUUCUUCUGGCUUACAUAUCACUGUGGAAUGAUGACAAUGCACACAUCUGAAUCUGACUUGCGCAAGCACAACCUCAACCUUGAUGAGACCAUAUCUUUAAUAUGGAGAUUACAAUAAGGCCAAAAAUGUAAAUACCACACAAGCUUUGGUUACAUUUGUGCCAGUUUUUCCCGUUCUGUAAAAUCUUUAAACAUGGCUGUGUGUAGUAUAUAAUACGCUUGUCAAUGACUACAUUUACAUGGACAGCAAUAAAUAAUUCUUGACCUUAUUCUGAGUAAGACAAUAUUCUGAUUUAAGUUGUUUACAUGAGUUGCUAUUAGAAUAUUCCUUUCAUGUUCCCGUUUUACAUGUUAUAGAACAUAGAAUGAUUAACCCCACACGUCAUUACGUCACCGCGCCACGCCGUCCGACGUUCCCUCCAGAAUUUCACGUAUCAACAUACAGUUGGUCUUUGUUAUGGUAUCGUAUACAGUUCUGGGUGUUUCUAUUUUUAAUUAUACGAACGCUUCAAGUGCGGUAAAUUAUUUGUCAUGCUGUACGUGCAAAUAGACGACUGCUUGAAGCCGUGGGCUGUGUCCCAAACCGUGUACUUACCAUCUGUAUAGUAGCCGAGAUACAUGUAUUUCACCUACUAUACAGCAGGUAAGUACGUAGUUUGGGACGCAGUUGUGCUCUCUUAUUUGCCGUCAAAUGGUUGAGCACUGCCUUGUGUGAUCGUAUCCUGUCGCAAAAUGCAGUGAAAACUCCCACACGAUGUUAAUAGUGUGAUUAAGGUGUGUACAUGUCUGUAAUGCACUUCAAUAAUGCCACUAAAACAGGAAUACUCCACAUGUCUUAAUUCGAUUUAUGUUUUUUCUUCGAGUAUGACUUUAAUCGUAUUAAGGUAAUCAAUAAUCACUGUUUACAUGGUAGCUUCUUAGUAUUGUCUUAAUCAGGUUAAUAUCGGAUCAUUGUUGUCCAUGUAAACGUACUGACUGAGCAGAACUAGCCCUUAUGUGCCUAAUGUCAACGUAUGAAGGUAUAUUUGGCCAAGAGUUUUCAGUUAACUGACAGAAUGUUCAAAUAAAAUGUUUUGCUUGUUUGUGCUUUUGACUUGGGAAGGCUAACACACAGCACGGUUGCUGUUGAAAGUCAUAAGAAUAUUGCUGCUAUUCAGCUGGGAACCGUGGCCGCCGAACAUCAGCUAGCUAAUGACUGAAGUUAAAGCAUAGAUACAUACAAACCAUGUGAAGGGCAGUGACAGUGGAUAUCAACAUUUCUCUUGGAUGUGUUGCUAAAUUUCGAAGUAAAAUGUCCUGUAAGAAUAUUCUUGUACAUUUUUUAAAGAUUUUUUUUUUUUGAAGAAACGAAAUCUUCCCGUGCUUCGGGGGUUUCCUCUCCCAAGACAAAGACAUGCGUUGUAGACUGAUUAUUAUUUCCAAAUUCUCCGAAGUGUGCGAGUGUGUGUGUUAUUGUGCCCAUUGUCCCUCACCUUAUACCUCAAGUUCCCUGGGAUAGGAUCCAGGCUCCCAUGACCCUGUGUAGGAUAAGUGUUACAGAAAUGGAUGGAUGGAGGAAUAGAUGUUGCAACUGUGUAAAAUAACAGUUUACAUGAUGUCACUACUCUUGAUAAGCUGCUAACCUGUCUGCCCAUUGUUUACUAGAUGAAAAGCAUUUUUAACUAAAUGAAGAUGACAGAAAUUGUAAUUGGUAGUGAAACAAAAAAACAAAAAAGACUUGGAAAUGUCUUUCUGAGAUCUUAUUUAACUUUACUACCACUGAAUUCUAUCAUGUAAGGAAUAUAGCAUGUGUUAGACUCUAUCUUCAGUUACAAGUUGCCAAGAAACUGAUCAAUGCUUCUUCUUUUUUUAAUUUUGACUAAUAUAAUGCAUUGCUCAAUUCCCACUACAUAAACUACAACAUGUGCAAGAUUACUUAACAUGUACUAGAGAUAGAGAUCAUAUUUGAAGUUGUAGCUUCAGUCCACCCACUGGAUGCCUUUUUACUUUAGAAGUGGCUAAAAAAAUGUCAUUACUAGUUUUUAAAUCUCUUAAUGGUACAGCACACACUUUUUUUUUUACAGCUCUGAAUGGUUGAUAAACUAGCCGAAACUGUGUUCCAGAUUGUGUUUUGAGAUCAGCUAGUGCUCUCCUUCUCCACAUUCCAUGUGUGAAAAUUAAAAACAGUGGUGAAGCAGCGUUUUGUUUGUAUGCCCCAAAGAUCUGGAACACAUUACCAUUAAACAUUUGUCAUACUCCAUGUAUCAUUGAUUCAAAAACAAACAAAAAACAGCUACAGUGCUGUGAAAAAAAAGUAUUUGUUUUUGUGUAUAUCUCAUACUAAAUACUUUUCGAUCUUCAAAUGAAAUGCAACAUAAAACAAAGGCAACUUGAGUAAACACACAAUGCAGUUUUUAUUUAUGAAUUUUUUUUUAUUGAAGCAAAUAAAGUUAUUCAACACCUAUCACCAAUGUGGAAAACUAAUUUCCCCCUUAAAAUCUGGUUGUGCCACCUUUAGCAUCAAAUACUGCAACCAAACGCUUCAGAUAACUGGAGAUCAGUCUUUCACUUCUUUCUAGGACUAGGACUUACUCCUGUGAUUUGGAUCCUUGUCUUGCUGCAUAAUCCAGUUGCGCUUGAUUUGCAACUUACGGAUUGAAGACCUGACAUUCUCCUUUAGGAUUUUCUGGUAGAGAGCAGACUUCAUGUUGCCCUCAAUUAUUGUAAGUUGCCCAGACCCUGAAGCAGCAAAGCAUCCCCACACCAUCACACUUCCACCACCAUGCUUGACCAUAGGUAUGAUGUUCCCCUUUCAACUCAUCAACCCACAGAACAUUCUCCCAAAAGGUUUGAGGAUCAACAAGGUGUGUUUUGGCAAAAUUCAGACAAGCCUUAAGGUUCUUCUGGGUUAUCAGUGGUUUUCACCUCACCAUACUUCGUUUUUUGUCCUGUGUCUUUCUGAUAGUGAAUUUAUGAACAGUAACUUUUAUUGAUGUGAGAGAGGCCUGUAGUUCCUUUGAUGCUGUCCUUGGCUCUUUUGUGACUUGCUGGAUGAGUAGUUACUGUGCACUUGGAGGAAUUUUGGAACUUUUAACCAACUUCAUGUUGUUGAAAAAGUUAAUUUGAUUGAACAGAGUGUGCAGUAAUCAGUUGCGUCUAGUCCAGCUGAACCCCAUUAUGAAUGCAGUUUCAUAGAUUUGGGGAAUUAGUAACUGUGGGGGCAAAUACAUUUUCACACAGGCCCCGUGUGACCUGAUAUCACCUGUUGUGCCCUGCGAUGGAUUGGCACCCUUUCCAGGGUGUGCCCUGAGUCCCCUGGGAUAGGCUCCAGGCUCCCUGCAACCCUGAGUAGUAUAAGCAGUACUGAAAAUAGAUGGAUGGAUUUGGUUCUUUCUAUGGAAUAGAUUUUUUUUGUAAACACAGUGAAAACGACUCUGCUUGAAAAUAAGCAAGAGAGAUUUCGAAACCUACCCACCUCCACUCAUGAUGCAUUCAGAUGACACACCUUGCUGUGGAUUGAGGUUUUGGUGAGGAAACUGUGUGCUGCUCGGGUGGUUCGAGACCCCAGAGAUAAAGAGACAAUGAUUUUAUUGUGUGAAAUGCCAGUGUUGUUAUGAAAUUCUAGAGUGCAGGUGGACACAUUGGCAUGAAAGAGGGCUUGUUUGGGUCAGAUAUUUGGUCUGGAUGUUUUCAUCCAGCAAUAGAUAAGCCUACGGUUCUCGUGUGUGUAUGUGUUUUUGACCUUGGAAACCUUUGGUUCAUUUAACAACAGUGUGUGUUCACUUGUGUGUGAGUGUCCUGGUUUCUCAUGCAGUGAUAUUUUGCUCUGUUUAUCUGCAGGCUGUAUUAGCGCUGCGAUAGUGUGCUGUUUCACAUGCCGAGUCACGGCCUGUGAAAAGCUGCUGAGUCAUGCUGGCAUUUUGCCCAUUCUCUUUCUGAAGCUGAUGCGUGAUCGUAUCGCAGUGUGCGUAUUGUUCUGCAGCUCAAGGUGGUCAUCAGCUGUGGUCCCUGGAGGAUCUUUGGUAGAAAUUCUGUAGGGACUCCACAUCCGAGGGAGCAUGUGUGUGUGUGUUUGUGUGUGUAUGUCACCCUCAGUUGGUUAGGAAGGCAUGUGUGAGCCUGGGAAGAGAAACAUGGUCACAAUGGAGCUCAUGUAUCCUGCUUUUCACUCUGCCAUAGUGGAGGAAGCAAAUCCAGACCCCCACCUCUCUCCCUCUCGCUCUCUCUCUCUCCUCUUUUACACACACACAUACACACAAUCUUUCUCUCUCUCUCUCUCUCUCUCUCUCUCUCUCUCUCUCUCUCUCUCUCUCUCUCUGCUGUGUUUCCUUUUUCCUCUAGGUAGUCUGACUGUUUUCGCGGUCAGUCUGUGUCUCUAACAUCAUCUCUCUCUUCUCCAGUCUCUUGGUCUCUAAUUUAUCCAUCUUUCUUACGUCCAUACCCACUUCACUCCUCUACUGUUUUGCUCUGCUGCUUCAUGUUCAUGGCACUAGCGUGGUCUCCAGUCCCUCCUUCUCUGUUUCUCUGUGUCUCCCUCUCUUCUUCUUCUCCUCUCUCAAUUCCUCUGUGAAUAUUGUCAUGGAGAAGCUAGACAUCUUGAAGAGCAGAGCAGCCACCACCAACUUGGACUCGGAGAGCAAGCGAACGGCCCACUUCCAAUCGUCAUGGCAACAGCAUGUGAAUGUGUUUGGCUCGUGGAGUAGGCCGGAGUGUGUGCAGGAGCUGCACCAAGAGGCUCAGCUCAACCUCCAGAGCCUGCUGCAAGACUUUGAGGAGCAGCUGUAUGAUAACAGGGUAACUGGGCAGACAUUCCGGCACCCUUCCUCUCAGAGCUCAGAGGACACCUCCACUACGCUCAGCCGCUCGCCUUCCUCACUCAACAUCAAGAAACCAGAGUUUGUCUUCCUGCCUGCGAAUAAACAGGUGUGUGAGGAUGAGACCACGUCAUUAGGAAUCCGGGCUCAGGACCCGGCCGCUUGUGGCUCAGACCGCUCCCUCCUGGGCUGGAAUUCUUCAGUGGGGCCCCCAGUUGCUGAAAAACCUCGCUGGCACCUGAGUCGACACUCGUCUGCACACCUCGUCCCCAUUGAUGUCACAGGCCAGAGCUUUGAUAAGCACGCCAGCGAACUCCAGGCCCCCUUUAGAACUGAAAAGGCGGUUAACCCAAAGACCAUCCGCCGCCCAAGGAGUGUGAUCGCAGGCCCUGAUGUCACGCUGCACUGCCAAGGUGAUGGCAAGAUUCUUGCUGUUGAUCUGAUACAAGGUGCCUGUUCUCCUGAUUCUUCCCAGCCAAGGUCUCUCGAACCCACCACAGAGAAUACAGGCGAGCAGCACAUACCCUUACGGAAAACCCAGAGUGACAGAGAGCACAGUGUCCCCCCAUCCCCCAAAGCCCCCACAGGCAUGAUGGACCAUGCUACUCUUAUGUGCCCCAGCUCUUCCUGGAAUGGCCCAAAGGGUUCCACUUUUUCUCCCUCCUGGAAUGACUCCUACAACUAUGCCCUGACCCCAAACCCUGUUGCCAAGCAGCCUUUGUCCAAACCUGGAACAUUAGACUCUGGUGGAGGUGGCCUCAUGUGCCCUUCCCAAAGCAGCUCUGCCAUGUCCAUGAGCACUGUAUCACACUCUAGCUCAUUCACUUUCAUCUCAGAACCUUCUGGGCACAGGGCAUAUGCAGUCACACAUGAAAAUGCAAUUAAAGGAAAAAGAAAGGAGACUGAGGGUGCAGCAUCCAGCCCAGCUACCGGUAAUGACCUCAACAAGUGUGAGCAAGAGAACAGAUCAACACGAGCCAAUGCUUUCAAGUUUCGGGAACGCUCCCUUUCAACACCAACAGAUUCUGGAUCUCUCUGCUCAACAGACAACAUGUGCUGUCCAGGGGAGACAGUACCAACAGUCAGAGAAGGUGAGAGCUAUGCCUUGCUGUACCCUAGCAACAGCUCUGAGGACAACACCAGUACUGACAAUGUAUCUGUAGCAACAGGGUCUGACUUCUUCCCAGUGAGUAGACUGAGGUCACGAUCACGAAGCAUCUCACUGAAGAAGCCCAAAAAGAAGCCACCACCUCCAGUACGCAGCGUGUCUCUAGUAAAGAACUUGUCAGCAAUUGGUGGGAUGGGCCCACACCAUGGUGAAGGACAUAUCAAAGACGGUAGGCCUAAGAGCCUCUUCAUACCACGAGAUAAUAAUUUCCAGGAUUCAUUCCGGCCCGAGUUUCUUAUGGCAUCUAGACCAGAUGAGGAGGCACACAGCAGUUUGGAGACAGCCUCUGAUACAUCUCAGCCCCUUGACAGAGAAGUUGACCUAGCCUUCCCCCCUCACUGGCAGCUCAGUGAGUGGAAGUCCAACAAUGACCCUUAUCGUUCAUUAUCAGGCUCCAGCACCGCUACAGGUACAACAGUAAUUGAAUGCAUUAAAGUACGUGGAAGCUCAGAAUCCCUGAAUUCACCAUCAACCUCUCGCGCUACUUCCCCUUCCCCACUUUCAAUUGAAGCUGAGACUAAGGUCUCUCCAUUCAAGCCUCCAUGCCUUAUGUCCCCCUCAAGUGGAUACUCUAGUCAGUCUGAGACUCCCACCCCAACUAUUACAAACUCUGUUAUCACUGGACUCACCCCAACAGGGUGCAAGAUGCGCCCAAAGAUCCCAGAGAGGAAGUCAUCACUUCCAGCCACCUCACCAAAAGACAAAUCUCAGUCUCGCCUCUCUUUUGAGUUACCUGUGAAUUCCCCAGUAGACUUGUCGUCUGUCAAACCCAAACCUAAAGCUAGCCGGAGACACUCAGACACAUCUACCACCAGCAAACCAGGAAAACUAAGUCAGUCAUCACAGCCCAUGGUUACCACAACAGAUCUGCGAAAUAUCAGACUCCGUUCAGUAAGCCGCUCAGAACUUGAGGACAGUCCUGAUGGCUCCUCUGACAUCAUAGAGGAGGAACAAGGACGUGAUAUUAGCCCUCCUACCACCCCAUAUAGCUCUAAACCACCCAAGCCACCAGUUGCAGUAAAGCCACCACUCCCAAAACGACCCAUAAACUUGAUGCUCAAGUCUCCCUCAUCAUCACCUCAUGCUCAGGAAUCUCCACCAGCCUCCCCAAUAGACCGACCAAUGCCUGUAGCCAACAUCUACAUGGUGGUCAGGAAGCCUAAGCCUAAGAGGCCAUCCCAAUCAUCAAUCAGUCCAACUGUAGUUACACCUCAAGAGCAGGUGCCAAGACAUCCACCCCCUCUACCUGAGCUUGACCUAGAACAUGGGAUACCAAUUGAGGAGGAUUUUACCUUUCCUAGCAGUCCAGAGAAAGAGGACAUAGGCAAGACUCUUCGUAGUCAAAGUCCCAUUUCCUGUAUAGCUGAAUUUGACAAGAAGAAAGCCAAGGUACCACCACCAGUACCCAAAAAGCCAAAUGUUCUUCUCUUACCUUCCCCUACUGUCCAGGCACCAAGCAAUGGCACUACAGAAAAACAAAGCCUCCUACUUGACAGUGGUUCUCAGUCACCACUAGGCCCAUCACCUUUUGAAGCUGAGGAGGCGUCUUAUAACGAAGAUGACCAAGAAACACCUACUAACCAAGAGAUUCCAGGAAGGUGUGAGACCGAUACACAACAUGAAAAUCAAAGCCGCCUCGAAGUUCUUGGAAAUGAAGAAAACCAUGAUAUACCAGAGGAUGGCACCACUAAGGAUAUUGGAUCUAUUCAAGAUAUUGACAUAAAGGAAUUCACUGCAGAUAUAAUGACAGAAGCUCCACUGGAGGAAAACAGCUCUGUCAAGGAUAAGACAGAACUGCAUAUCACUGAAGAAACAGAUGAUGAUGUGCUUGUCCACACACCUACCACCCAUACAACUGAAGACCUUUUCACCAUCAUACACAGAUCGAAGCGGAAAGUCCUUGGCCGUAAGGAGCCAGCUUUUGGCAGUCGUCAGAGCCUUGUGUCACCUGUGAAAAGCAGCAGCAGUGACAUUCGAACACUGACACUGGGCAGCACUCCAAGGUCACACUCUCGGAAUGAGAACUUCAUGGCUCUUCUCCAGAAGAAGGGCACUAAGUCAAGUAGUGGAACGCGGGUCUCUGCCAUGGAACUGCUGAAGAGCACAAACCCUUUGGCUCGCCGUGUCACUGAGUUUUCUCAGUCAGAUCUGGAUGCUGCUGGAACCAACCCAUCAAAAAUGGCUCUACCAGACCAGUGAUUCCACUUGUAGACAACCAAAUGUAAUGGCUGAUUUUCAGUUAGUGCUCCACUGCACAUCUAAAUGGUUUUACUUCCCAGGAUCUUACACUGCCUGAAGUGAGUUGUUUUGAUCCCUGGGUCUCACCUUUUUGUCAUGUUGCUGUGGAGUGCUGUCCAUAUCAAAGGAAAGGAACCCAGUGUUGAUGUGAGGUUCUGAAAUAGUUGGGUUAGCAUUGUAUUUUACCACUGAGAAUGUGUUAUAUUAACUCCUCUGACAAUUUGUCAAUGCCCACCUUUAAAAUGCAGACUUAUUGCAAGUCUAGACAAGACUAUUAAUAUUUCUGUUGUGAUUAGGAUGGAGUUCACACAACAAGCAUGAUUGUCCUAGUCAGAAAGAGAAAAAUUCUAUAUAGAAAAUGUAAAUCAGAUUCCCUUAAAAAGCACUUACAAAAGUAGUUUAUUUCCAAAACAAAAAAAAAAAAAGAUAUAAAAGGCCCAGUUUAGCCUCCUGGGAUUUAUUUAACCCAGAAUAAAACUAAAUAUACAAUAUUUAAGUAUACGUUUAGAAUUUUUGUGACUUUCUUGAAAACUGCCUAUUUCCAGCAUGUUUACAACAAACUGGGACUAAAGUCACAAUAUGGACAACCUUCAUGCAAUAUACUUCAUCUGAAUCUAAAUGAUAGUUCUUCCCUCACUGCCAGUAGUGGUACACAGUGGGUAUUAGUGUUGUGUAUGUGUAGCAUGUACACACAAUGAAAAACCAAAACCACCACAGAACAGAUUAGGAGAACAGUACCAAAAAAAAAAAAAAAAGCAAAGAAAGCAAGAACACAGAAAUGUUCAAUGACUAUAGACAGAAGGAUUCAAAUCCUCCUAAUGGGGUGUUUGAUCCUGGUUGUCUAGUAUGGAAAACCUGUCAAGGGGUUUGUUGUUCUGGCUAACGAAUGAAAAGUCUGCAUGUUUAACAUGCAAGGAACCAAGGAAGGGAGUUGCCAAGGACUACGAAUGGUUAAAAAAAGAGAACUUCAUAUUGUCACCUCCAUAUCCUUUUGACCAGACCUUUGGGAGAUGUGGUGCUGUAGACUGCUAUAAUCACCACAUACCCAAAUUUAAAGCUGCAGCUAUAAUGUGUUCCUGAACAUUUUAUCUAUGUCCACGUUGUAUUUGUCAUUCACUAUAUGAUCAUUUCAUACUAUGCAUCAAGGCUGGAUGUGCUGCUUCUUUGCCAGUUAAGGCAAAUUAGCAGUGAAAGCCUAUGAAUGUCAGGAAGAAGGAACAAAUUUCAACAGUUUACUUUAGUUAUCUGUGUUUUAUUGGUAUUUUUUGUAUAGUCAUCGCCCAUGUCACUGCAGAAAAAGAAAAUUAUUUCUAUGGUAUUAUGCAUAGACAGAGACUAUCACAAGAAACUGAGACCUGUGUAAGUCUCAACAUCAGAUGUUUGGAGACAAAAAGACAGAAUCAUUUGGUGAGCAAAGCAUUUCCCACAAAGACUACUUGUUCCUUCCCAUUCCUUUCAAAUAUUUUCUCCCACAUGUGACUGUGCAUCUCUGGCUCCCAAUCAGAAGAAACCUGGUGCUAUUGAGCCAGAGCACCCUCUGCAGUCCAGGAGGGGAAGCACACCUGGGGAAAAAAUGUGUUCUGACUCUCCUGAACACUGAGGAUGAAGAUUAAAUAAUUUUAUUAUUAUUAUUAUUAUUAUUAUUAUUAUUAUUAUUAUUAUUAUUAUUAUUAUUAUUAUAUAAGUCCUUCAGGUAUUCUGAUAGCAUCUAAAUAUAACAAAGAAUAUGAAAUAUUACAUUAAAAUAGUGAGUGAAGCUUGUUUUCAGUAUUUAGUGAAUGGAAAAAAAAGACAACCAGUGUUUGUUUGCCUUGUACUCUGGCGUCAAGCCUGUGUUUUUAAAUGCCUUGGUAAUGCACUUCUGUAGAAAUAUCCAGAGUUUCUUUUAGUCUUUUUAUGAAUACUACUCUAACGGUCAUCAUUACUCUUGUGUACUCUGUGCUGCAUCAAUUCUUCAUCAAUAAUAGUGUCAAAAUUUCCAGAGGAAGGUGGAGAGGGAGCGAGAAAGUCAAAAUGCUUAGAUAAACAAAGAGUAAAGUAUGUACGGGGAUAAAACAGACUGUUAGAAGCCACGUGUUAAGUCACUGAGAGUUUUCACAGAAAUCUAAACACGAUGUAGACUGUACAUUCUGCCACACAGACCAGAAUGGGAAUUACAGAUUUCUUUAUGUGACAGCCUACAGUGAAAACAUAUUCUUACUUCUGUAUUCUUCCUCCUUUCUUCCUCCAUCGUAGCCUCUUUCCCAUUAGUCUAAUGACACCCACAGGAGCUCACGUUUGUACACAGAGGAGAGAUGAAUCCCAAAAACACCCCAACAAAGUGAGAGCACAGUAAACAUUGAGAAAUUAAGAGCCUACAGGGUCUAGUUUCCAAAAGCAUUGUGCUUCGGAUCAGCAACUAUUGGUCAGAGUGUUUAAAGUGACGCUCAUGCACUUAAAACAUUUUAGGCAUCAAUCCGUCCCCCUCUAUGCCUAAAAUGUACCUCACGACAAAUGACUUUCAGCCAGUGCCAAAUUCAAAAACAUACACUGUAUAUAACAUGUAAUUCUAAGAUACAGCUUUGUCAAAUUUUAUCACAGAGAUGACUAUUACAGAAGAUUAUUAAGGCUAUUGAAGAUCAGCUUAGAGUUUGCUGACUCUCUGAAAAAAAAAAAAGCUUUAUUUGCCCCUUGUGCUUGGGACAAAAUCAGUUGGGUGGGAAAGAAAGAAAGUACUGGGAAUUCUAUUUUUGUUAUUUUAUCAUUGGAAAGACAUAUAUAAAAAUUCUGAAUAUUAUGAACCUCCCUCUCCAGCAGUAAGGAUAUGUAGCUGUGAGCUCUUCAAGCAGCUAUGUCUUGCCUAUGUGCUACAAAAAAGUUACAUAAAUAAAUUAUUUUUCUUGCUUAAA